AUGGUGGACGUGCUCGAGAGGCUGCUGCAGCUGUCUGUGUUGGUGGCCUUCACCUCUGGAGUGCUCCUAGCCUGGCAGGCAAGCUGGCUGCAGAGGUGCUACCUGGACUGGAGAAGGAAGAGGCUGCAGGGCAAGCUGGCAGCGACACAGAAGAAGCUGGAUCUGGCCUGUGACAACGUGUGGCCACUUCGCCUCGUCUGUGGGGCUCCUGCCCCAGCAAGCCUGCCCUCAUACUUUCUGCCCACAGUACUGGGCUUUUCCCAGAGUCACUUGUUGAAGAUGGAUAUAGAGAACUGGGCAGAAAAAAAAACCAAAAAAAGGAUGUAG